GUAAUCCUUCCAAAAAUGGAUAGCAAGGCUAUUGCGGAGAGAAUCAAGAAGCUCCAAGCUCAACAGGAGCAUGUCAGAAUUGGAGGAAAGGGAACUCCACGCAGAAAGAAGAAGGUCAUCCACAAGACCGCUGCUGCCGAUGACAAGAAGCUUCAAAGCAACUUGAAGAAACUCUCUGUCACCAACAUUCCAGGAAUCGAGGAGGUCAACAUGAUUAAGGACGAUGGAACCGUUAUCCACUUCAACAACCCAAAAGUCCAAACCUCUGUUCCAGCCAAUACCUUCUCUGUCACAGGAUCAGCCGAUAACAAGCAGAUCACUGAAAUGCUCCCAGGAAUCCUCAACCAACUCGGUCCAGAGUCCCUCACCCACCUCAAGAAACUUGCCAACAACGUUACCAAGCUCGGACCAGAUGGAAAGGGAGAGGACGAAGAUGUGCCAGAACUUGUUGGAGACUUCGACGCCGCCUCAAAGAACGAGACGAAAGCCGAUGAGCAAUAAAUCACUACCCUUUCAUCGACCAAUUCGCGAGUUUUGUGAGAUGAACGGUACGGAUAGCAUCCGCAUUAGUAUAUCCCAUUUUUCUUGUUACUGUUGAUCGAUUUCAAUGAAUCUCUUUAAAAAAAUACUUGCUCUGUCACCUUUUUUUCCGCCCCCAUUAGUGUUCGUUGUUAUACUUGUUUUGUAUACAAAUUUAUUCCCGAUCCUCAAAUGGCUAAUAAAUGUUAGCUAUGUAUUUAAAGCAAGCUUUCUACGUUCCGAUGAUUUUGAAUUCUUAGGGGUUCCGGGGAUCCUUCUAGUAAUAUCUGUUCCUCGGUGUUUAUUUUCCGUUAUUUUGGGUAGUUUUCCACUGACUUCCAUUUUGUUAAACUCAAUAAAAGUUGCACAAAU